AUGGACGCCAUGAUGCGAUGCCUAGAUGCGGCCGUUGCCAACCUCGAGGCUGUCGUUAGGAGUACGGAAAAUAAGUACACCGAGAUCAAGAAAUGGCUGGAUAGUGCAAGGGUGGACUAUGCCAAUUUGGUGGACCGCUGGGAACAAUACUUGGAGCUGGCGCGGAGCGUUUCCAUAUCGUCGCCCAUGCUCUGGUUUAUGACAGGCCGAACCGACAGCGCCGGUCUGAACGGACGUUCCAUGGGAGGAACGCAGCGCGCGACUUUGGAAGACCUAAUCGAUGUGGAAACGGCACGCAAGGCCGGAAAACUCGCGCCUGCCGCACUUCGCCGCUUCCACGCGAACAUCGAUGUGCUUGAGCGCGACGCACCGCAGCUACUGCAAGGCUGCGAAGAGGUCCUCCAAGGGUUUGAGCGAGCCGUCGACCGCUCCGCAUUGUCUCAUGAGGGCGAAUCUGCACAGCUACUAGAAGACAUCAAGGCCCUCGCCAAUAAAAUCAGCACCGAUUACCAGACAACACUCGAGUACGCUGAAUCGACACGAGAUGUGCUACAGGCGUCAAAGAUUGCUGCUACUCACACAGAGCGUCUCCUGCCGAGCAUCAAGACACGGGCCGCCGAAAUGGACGAGAUGUUCCGCUACGCAACACAGUCGCGCAACGCCUUGGCAGUGGAAACCAUCGAUUUCAUGCGCAACAUUACCAACUUGACCAGCCUCAGCAGCAGUAUCAAGGGCCAGAUUUCCGCCGUCAGCAACGAGGAUGAUAUGGCGCACUUUGACUACCUACGCCUGGUGCAGCAGAUUCCUUAUGUUUACGCUUCUUUUGUCAGCGAAGCCAUCAAGCGCCGUGAGUGGCUGGACAAAGUCAAGACGGACUCCUCGACUCUCGCCAACGAAAUGGCACUGUUUCACGACGAGGAAGUCAAGCGCCGAAAGAAGUGGCAAAAGUCGGUCGGCAACCUUGCAUAUGGCCCAUCAGUGACGUCGGCUGAAAACCAGGUUGCCGGCCUUGAGGUCAACCUUCUUGGAGAGGAAGCCGAUUGGCCGAAUGUCACUCGAAAGGAUUUGGAAAAACUCUAUGACGUUCUCCAGCGUCAGAAAGCAGACGGCGGCCUCAUCGAUGACAUUGGCAAGAUGAUUGCUGACCUCAAUGCGCCGACCAAACAGCAGUCCAAACGCAUCAAGGCUUUUAAAAACGGCAGCGUCCACGACGUUGCCCUGGGACGCAGCGGCCUGCUCGUACGUGGUGACGACGAUGUGCUGCGGCGUUUGCAGGACGACAAAGCCAAAACCGAGAACAAACUAAGGACAGCUGAAAGCCGUGUGCGUAGGCUCGAAGACCUGCUGCACCGCCAGAGCCAGGCAUCCCGAGCUAGUCUUGGCGGAAUGUUCCAGGCCACACCGAGUCAGCAAUUCUCCGACCGGGCCGAGUCAACAGUAUCGGACAAGCCAGGAACGCCACAGCUGCAAAGAGACCGUCGGACAUUACUCGAAGGAGGGAGCAUAUCAACAGUCGCCGUUGCCGCAGAUGCUCAAGAAGCCCAGCGGGUUCAACUGCUUGAAGCACAAUUGGCCGCUGAAAAGUUACGGUCGGCCGCAUUUGAAAAGGACCUCCAAGCUCGCACGGUAGAAAACGCCAAUAUAAUAGGCCAGAUGGACGAGACCAACUCCACCAAGAAGGACCUGUUGGAGAAUCUAGAGGCUCUUAAGAGAGAAUUCACAGAAGAACGCAAGUCGCUUGAAGACGAAAUCAAGCGGCUUCAGGCACGCCUAGAGGACACAGAAGACGAGAUAGAGCACUUCGACGAGUCGCGCGAAAAUGAAAAGGCGACACUUGACAACAAGUUGCGCUCCGCCCAGGAAGAGAUUGAACACCUAAACAAGACACACCGAGACGAUGUGCUCAAGAACCAAGGUCAGGUGGACUUUUUACGGAAAGAGACCAAGCUACAGCGUGAGCAAAUCGAGUCGCUCGAGAAGCAGGUUCAGGCAGCACUGGAUGACGCACAAUCCACGGCAAAGCGCCUGCAGGAUGCCAAAGAUGCCGAGAAGAUGUUAUCCAAUGGCUUCCGCGAUCUCCAUGCGCAGUUGGUUUCAAUUGAGGGCAAAGACCUCGAGCCAACUAAGUCGAUACCGCCAGCUGAUGUUUCUGAUCUUAUCGAGGCGGUUUCGGGCACGCUGGCGGACGCGUUGGCCCGCAUGCAAACCACGGCCGGAGACAUGAUUAUUAUUAGGGCCGAUCUAGAGAGGGCUGAAGCUGCGAAUAAAGAUCUUCGCGAUGAACUGGCUUCUUCCAAAGCGACCUUAGCAACUGAGGAAGUUGCUGCACGGCGCCUCCGCGAAAAGCUUGCGGAAAACAUGGCGCGCAUUACCACACUGGAGGAUGAACUUGGUGAAAGUCGUACAGAACUCUUCCAGCUCCGGGCUAAAAUUGCAGACGGCGAGACGGGAUCGGAGACGUUGCGCAAGAGGCUCGAGGAGGAGGAGCGCAAAGUAGAAGCGCUGACAGAGGAGGUCGUCGCGAAACAGUCCCAUCUUGGCGGUGUUGAGGAAGAGCUGCGGAUGUUCCAGGAAAAGCACAGCGACGCUCAGACUGCCCUAGCGAGCCUGACUGCCCGAUUUGAUGCGCGCACGCUGCGUGCCAAAGACUUGUCACAGCGGCUCUACACCCAAAACGACCGCCUUUGCCGACUGCUCGAACGACUGGGAUUCUCUGUGACCCGCGACGGGGAAUCAAUGGUGAUCCAAAAAAUUCCCCGGUCAGAACGUUCAGCCAUGAGUGGCGAGGGUGCCUCGUCUCUCCUCAGACGGCCUUCCGGCGUGUUGCAGGCGACCCGACCAGGCGAAUCUCCUCCAAUUUCUUCAAUCGCUGCCGGAGAAAAGGCCGCCGAUGUGGAACUUCUCUAUUGGAUGAAUAGUGCCGACGGAGAGACAGAGGCAGUCCAAUAUACCGAGUUCAUGACAGCUGUGUGUAGCUUUGAUAUUGAUGCUGUGGCCGAGACCGUCUACCGGCGGGUCAAAGAAGUCGAGCACAUUGCACGAAAAAUGCAGCGUGACGUACGCAGUUAUCGUGAAAAGGCACACACACUGCAGAAGGAAGCACAUGAGAAGAUCGCCUUCAAGCACUUCAAAGAAGGCGAUCUAGCCCUUUUCUUGCCCACACGCAACCAAACCAGUGGUGCAUGGGCCGCUUUCAACAUUGGUUUCCCACACUACUUUCUCCGUGAGCAGGAAGCACACAGGCUUCAAAACCGCGAGUGGUUGGUAGCACGCAUCGCUCGUGUUCAGGAAAAAGUCGUUGACCUUUCCAAAAAUUUACAGCAGCAGCAACAGCAACAAAACGCGAACCGUGGUGGAGGCGAGGAGACCACGUCGCUCAGCACCGACGACAACGAGAACGACAACCCUUUCGAUCUCUCGGAUGGUCUGCGCUGGUACUUGAUUGACGCGAUCGAAGACAAACCCGGCGCACCGUCCACACCGGGACUGGGUAAGAGCACCGUUGCUGCAAAUCAUGUCGAGGCAGUUGCCGACAUCCACACCCACGCAAGGACGGCCUCUGGCCGUGGUCUGGGACUAGGCUUAGGAGCUGGGCGACCGACGGGUAUCGACGGCGUGAGUAAGACUCUCUCGCGAAGCCUCGAAAGCCGACGCUCGAGCACAAGUUCUAGAAAAGCAGCACCGCUUGCCCAUAUAGCCGGCCCUGGCCUGGCUGCCGCGUCGUUGCGUGGUACUGCCAUCGCGAGCGAGACCAACAGUUUGCGCUUAGCCCCAACCGACACAGCUGAGCAUGGUGCCAGCCCGCCGACGGCACCCGCAGCGCCGACCGUGAGCCACGACAGGAAUGCCGGAGCACAUCAUGCAACGGCACCAUCCACCAUCGUCACCUCUCGCGAAGGCCCCACUGUGGCGCGCGACCAAUCCAGUGAAGCGGCGGCUAACAAUUCCUCACAUACCUCCGAGGUACGGGACUCAAACUCUACUUCUACUCCUCCUCCUGCAGGAGCUGCCGCUGCUUCUGCAGGGGCCGUCGAUGCUUUGCUCGGACCCUAA